CUCAACCGCACAAGCAAGGAAACUUCUGCUUUGUCCCUCUCUUUGUGGCAUUUGCUGUAAUAUGUGGUGGCAGGGCUGUUGAAUUUAGCUUCCAACGGAACUACAAGGUUACAUGGGGAAAUUAUCACGCCUUCUUUCUAGACCAUGGCAGAGAAAUUCAACUCUCAAUUGAUAAGAUUUCAGGGGCUGGCUUCAGAUCGAAAUGGGACUAUGCUUCUGGGUUCUUUCAAAUGAGAAUAAAACCACCCAACAAGGACUCCAGAGGAAUUGUUACAGCUUUUUAUCUGACUUCAAAGGCCUAUGAACAUAUGGGAGGAAACCAUGAUGAGAUUGACUUCGAAUUCUUGUGCAACAAUGGAGAGACUUAUAUGUUGCAAACAAAUAUUUAUGCAAAUGAUGAAGGCGGAAGAGAACAAAGGAUUAGUCUCUGGUUUGAUCCAACAAUCGAUUUUCAUACCUAUGGAAUCCUUUGGAACCAACAUCAAAUAGUGUUUUAUGUGGAUCAAAUACCAAUAAGAGUGUUCAAGAAUAAGUCAAACGUUGGAGUGAGUUUUCCUUCACAACCAAUGCACAUUACGGUUAGCAUAUGGAAUGGGGAACCUUGGGCAUCUAAUGGGAAGAGAAUUGACUGGAAGCGAGCACCCUUCAUGGCUCAAUUUCAAGGUUUCAACAUUAACGGCUGCAAAUCCCAAAAACCAAACAAAUACACGUGCUAUUCUCCCCAUUUAUGGUGGAAUGACAAGAAACAUUGGCAGCUAAACCCACAACAACAAAGGGCAUAUGAAGAUCUGAGGAAGAAACAUUUGCUUUAUGACUACUGUUCUGAUAGAGGAGAACUGCAUAAGGAAUGUCACAUUAGAUGACUGAUAAUACGUUUAAUUAGUUAAUCUAAAAAUAAUAACUAAGAAUUUCCAAAAAUAAAAUAAAAUAAUAAUAACUAAGAAAAAAAUGAAAAGAAAUGAAAUGAUACAUAUACUAAAUUUAUCAAAUAAAGGAUGGCAAAGACUCUAGUUAGUAUCUAUGAAGAUAUUUAAGUGACAAGACGGAUGUGGGAGCUUUAUGCUUUCUAGUUUCUAUUUAUGAAGACAGGAAUUGGAGAAAUUUAUCUCAGUUUGAUAAAUAAGUAGAAAUAUGGUGGGUACUCGCUAAAUAGAAU